AUGUUAAAACCUAAAAUGAUAGAAAAGGAAUAAGAUUUCUAGUGUUCUAAAGGACAUAAAUAACAAAUAGUUACAGUAGCUUUUGAUCCAAAACUAUCAAGCAAUUAGAGACUUUUAUGCCCAAAAUGUUUAGAGAAUACAGAAAUUAAUGGCAAAGUGGUUGGAUUAAAGAAUAUUAUUUCCUUAAUUGAAGAUGGAUAAAUAAAGAAGUUGGAAUAAGUAGAAAAUCAAACAAUGAUGGAUAUAAAUUAAAUUGAAUAAUUAUAAAGUAAAGUUAAUUAAAUGAAGUCAUAAGCUAUUCAAUAAUUAGACUCAAUGAUUUCUAUAAUGAAUAAAUGGAUUCAGAAUCUAUAAUAAAAAAUAUAAUAAUAUUCUUAAUAUAGUUUUUAUGAUGAAUUAGAACGAUUAGUUUAGAAUUAAAAUAAAAAUGAAGAGAAUUUAUAUGUUUUAAUGAAUGAAAUUAAGUAAAAUAAUAAAUCUUGGACUUCCAAAUUACUUCCUAAAUUUGAAUAAUUUAAGAAAUUUUUAGAUUAUGAUAAUUGUAUAGAGAUAUUGUAAAAUCUCGAAAUGGGUUUUUAAAUUUAAUCUUUAAAACAAUCAUAAUAAUUAAUCAAUAAAAAUUCUUAAUUAAUGGUUAUAUAUGAUAAAUAAAAAACUUAAGAAGUAGGUUAAAUCAAAUUAAACUUAAUUGAUUAAUCUAUUAAAUAAAUGGAUUUAUGUAGAGCAAUCGCUUUUAAUUCUUCUGGAUCAAUUAUGAUAUCAACAUCAGACAAUGAUAUUUUUGUAUGGAGUUUUCAAAAUGGAUAAAUGAAAUUAAAUUAAACUUUGCUUGGUCAUUCUGAUUGGAUAUAAUGUUUAGUUUAUAGUAAGCAAUAAAAUUCCUUUAUUUCAGCUGCUUUAGAUGAAUCUAUAAUAUGCUGGUAAUAAAUAGAUUAAUUUAAUUGGAUUAGUUCAAAACCAUAUUAAUAACACAGUAGUUUUGUUAGAUGCUUAGUACUGAAUUAGAAUGAGGAUUUAUUAUUUUCUGGAAGUGAGGAUGCAUCAAUUAAAGUUUGGAAAGUUGAUUUAAAUCGAAAUAAAUUGACAUAUUAUUAUUAAUUGGAUAAACAUUAAGAUGCUGUUAUUGGAUUAAGUUUAAAUUAUUCAGAAAAAUAAUUAGUAUCAUGUGCUAAUAAAGAGAAUUAAAUUAUUAUUUGGGAAAAAAGUGAAUAAGAUAUAUUUGAAUUUAAAUACUUUGUUAUAUAAUCAACCUUAGACAUUGGAUAUAAAGUUUAGUUUAUUAAAGAUAAUUAAUUUAUGUGGGUAAGUGGUGCUUAAAAAAACGAUAAAAUUUAUAUAUUUGAAUAAACAAGAGGAUAUUAUUAAGAGAUAAGGGAAAAGACAAUUCAAUUAAUUAAAAAUAAUUAAAUAUAUGAUGAAAAUCGAUUUCCAAUUAUUUACAAUAAAGAGUAGAAUGUGAUUGUAGUAAGACAUAAAACAUAUAUUUAUAUAAUUAGAGAAAUUAAUAAUGGAAUGUUUAAAAUAGAUAAUUAAUUGAAUUGUAACACAAAUGAUAUUUAUGGGUCUAUCACAAAUAAUGGAAAAUAUUUGGUAUUUUGGGAUAGUCUAAAUGAAGGAUAUUCAACUUAUGAAUUAUAAUAUAAUUGA